AUGCUGUCAGUACAAAACUCUUUAGAACCUAAAAUAAUCAACAAUGUGCCUUUGAAUAAUGACACAACAAUUGAAAAAUUAACGGUUAAUGGUUCUAUAACAUUUAAACAAAAUUUAAACGUGAAAAACUCAAUAAACAAUAUUAAAAUAUCCAAUAAAACAUUAUUGUUAAAAAGUGGCAAUCAAAAUUUCGCAGGCAAUUUAACAUUACCAAACUUAAAAGCCCAAAAUUUGAAUACAAAUCAAAUAACUAAGCUGAAAACCCUCAAAGUCAAAGACUUGGUAAUUGGUGGUUACUUAAACAGGGUCAGUAUUCCAGUUUUAGUUAAACGAGCUUUGAAAAAAUCUGGCAAUCAAAUUAUGGAAAAACCAUUCAGUUGCGAUGCUUUAGAAGUCGAUAGUUUUAAUGUCGAUGGUGUCAUUUCUGGAAAAAAAGUGCCCGACGAUUUUGUAAUGAUAAAUUCGGGAGAAUAUGUAGUUGGCCAGGAUGUUCAGUUUUUAAAAGAUUUGAAAACCAACAAAUUCGAAAUCCUAAGCUCCCUAAACAAUAUUUCUGUCACUGACGAUGGUACCUUGGAUAUUCUUUUAACGGAAUCACCAUAUGUCCAAUAUAUCCCAACAAGAAAAACUUUUGAAAACAUCAUAAUCACCAAUCCGAUUAAUUUACUUUAUAAAAUAAGAAAUGCUAAAAUACAACAAUACAAUCCGGUAACCAUUGAUGAUAAUUCUUAUAAAAUAAACACAGAUGUUACUAUAAAUGGUCCUGGCAAGGUUACUGGAUGGCUGAAAGCUCAAGAUUUGAAACCAAAAGAUGCUCAAAGAAGUUUUGGAGCAAUUUUAGACAAAGGCCUAAAGCUUUCAGACACUCAAAUUUCAGUCCACCUCAAUUUCACUGAACCUCUCAACUUGAAUCAUACAAAAACUGACAAAGUAAACUCCUUAAAUCCACUCGAAUGGUUGCUGCAAGCCUCAAAUACUACUCAAAUAGUUAAAGGCUCAAAAACUUUUUUGAACAAUGUUCACUUAAAUGGACAAAUGAAUGCUUCUAGGAUUAAUGAUGUGGACUUGCAUGCUUUGAAGCACGAAGUAUUAAAAAUCGCCGGUGAUCAAGAGAUUUUUGGUAAUUGGAAUUUGAAUAGGGUUGUUGCUGAAAAAGGGUAA